AUGGCACUGAAUGAAAUCAAGGGCCGACUGGCUCUGAUCACAGGUGCAUCUGGAGGAAUCGGCGCAGCAUGCGCACACCAACUUUUCCAGAAGGGUGUUCACCUGGCCCUGACCUACUCGAGUAACAAGACAGCAAUGGAUACUCUGGUCGAAGAGCUCAAAACUAAAUAUCACACGGUCGAUGACAAACCCCUUCGCAUCUCAGCGCAUCAGGUGGACGUCGCUUCCGCAGAACAAAUCCAGGCGAUGUUCAAGCAGAUCGAUCAGCAACAUGGCCAGCGACCCGACAUCCUUGUCUCCAACGCCGGGUACGGCAAGCGCGUGCCGCAGGUUUGGGAUAUUACGCUCGAAGAAUUCGAUUACACGAUCAACGUCAACCUCCGCGCCUCAUUUAUUCUUGUGAAGGGCGUUGUAGAGCAUAUGAGGAACCAACGAUGGGGUCGGAUUGUGUUCAUGUCUUCGAUAGCUGGGUAUGGUGGAGGGAUUAAUGGAUGCCAUUACGCCUCAUCCAAAGCCGGCAUGACCGGUAUGAUGAAGAACCUGUCGACUCGUCUGGCAGAACACAAUAUCAGUGUCAACGACGUAGCACCAGCAAUCAUUGGGGACACGGGAAUGAUCCCCAACGCCCAGUCAGUUCCUGAGAUCGCGUCGAGUAUACCCCUUGGACGGGUGGGAACACCCGAGGAAGUCGCUAAUGUGGUGACUAUGCUUGUUACGACUGGUUAUAUGACGGGGCAGAGUCUCCUGCUGGCGGGAGGAUUGAAGUAG